AUGGCACCUACAGAUGCCGAUGCUGUCCAACCAGCACCGUCGAAGAAGGUGCGGUUAGCCUGUCGUCGAUGCCGUGCCAAACGUGUGAAGGCGAGUAACUGUGAUGGAAGUAUCCCAGCGUGUGGGAGCUGCGCUCGUGCAGGUGUUCCGUGUGUCGAUGUUGAUGGCCGGAACAAUGGACUAUCCAUCCCAAGAGACUUCAUCACACGAUGUUACGCCAGGAUUAGCUGGCUUGAACAGAGACUGAAGGAGAUCGACCCACAGUUCGAUUUAUCUCAAGGGCCUGCAGUCGACAUGACCAGUGCGGAUGAAACAACCGCACCUCAUCCUGCAAUGUCUACCAGCGGAACAGGUCAGGAGCGCGCACAUGCACCGUCACCGGCACUCGAAUGUGCAGAUCAACCCCUUGUAGAAGCCGCCACUUCUUCAAAGCGCUCGUAUUCUAUGGCAGAGGGGCCAGAGUUGGAACAACCUAUUUUCGUUGAACUGGGCAUGCUCUCCUUGCAUUCCGAUUCCCGACAGAAACACUAUCUUGGAUCGUCAUCUGGUCUGCUUUUCACGAGACUGAUUGGCAUUGAUAGCGAGCGAAGUUCUACCGCCAGCCCAGAGAUGGUAUCGACGUCCUCUCGCAGUGGUCAUCGUCGCCGCUUGGCCCCUGGUCGUAGUCAGUCGCGCGAGGUCCACCAAGGUCUCUAUGAUCGAUUAAGAGAGGAAUUACCGUCCCCGGAGGAAGCCAGUGCCUUGUUGGAAGUCUAUUUUCAGGUGAUCCACGUGGAUCACCCAUUUCUCCAUCCUCACUCAGUAUGUAACGCGUAUCGGGCACUGAGAGAUUGUGCAGACCUCGGCUGCAAUGGCCACAUAGGACCCAAUGGCUGGAUUGAUACUAUCAACGCGUUCUCCUACAAUGGAAGAUACGAUGUCACUGCCGGGAACGAAACCACACCGAUCUCUAUUUUCACAGCUACGUUCCAUCUUUUUAUGGUGUUCUCACUCGCGGCGACCGUUAUGACUCGGAACAGAAGCUUCGAUCACUCCCCAGACAAGUAUUAUCGGGUAGCCAUGUCAGCUGCCUCUGAAUGCUUUUGCAGCAUCUCCGUGCCAGCUCUACAAGGAGUGCUGCUGCUAAUGGUCCAGGGCUUGAUUGGCCCUGCCGCUAUCAACAUCUGGACGCUCUCGUACAUUGCCACGUCGCAUUGUAUUGACUUAGGCCUCCAUCGAGAGCCCACAGAUUACUCUGAACUCACCCCCACAGCAUUGACGAAUCGCCGGCUUAUUUUCCAUACAGUCUACUCUCUUGACCGCUCCAUAUCAACAAUUCAAGGAAGGCCUCUGGGUAUCCGGGACGAGACCUUCGAUGUAAGGUGGCCGAAGUUUGAGGAAAUCCAAGAGUUUACAUACCCAGUCGAACAGAGCAAUGAACUCGAUGUACAGCUGCCGUCGCCAGAGACCAUGGCUUUGUGCGUUUAUCGCUUCCGGGUCGACUCUUACAUCUCGGAAAUAAAACUUCUAUUCUAUAGGUUGCCCGCGCAAGGGGAUGCCACGAUCUGGCCCACGGAUCUAGCUAGCAUACAGCAGCGCAUAAAGGCUAAGCUAGAUGAUUGGCUAGCGGAGACGGCGAGUCUUCGGCCGACGUCAAACAUGCAGGACAUCGAGGAUAGAGAUUUGAAAUUCCACUGCGAGCAACUUAAACUGGAAUCAUUGUACCAUUCAGCCAUCACCCUGCUUUUCCAGCCGUCCCAAGUCUUUCGAUCACCCUCAAGGGUUGCUUUGAACCUCUGCUACCAGAGCUGUCGGAGGCGCUUACGGAUAUACAAAUACCUUAACCAUGAAGAAAAGCUGCACUAUACCUGGCGGCAUGUACAUGGUAUUUUCUCUUCUGGGGCCACGAUCGUCUAUUGUUUUUGGGCUUCGCGUGACCUCCUAGAAACGAUACCGUUUUCGGAAGCUCUGAGCGAUCUUCGCACAUGCUCUAACCUGCUCAGCGUUGGCAGUCAGUGGUGGCCGUCUCUUCGUAGAGGAAAGGACAGUUUUGAUAACAUGGUAGAUCUCACAAUCAAGCGACUGAGCCAGCUACAAACCUUGUCUCAGCUGCAGCCGCCACCACGGGCACAACGGCGACGGGUCGUCCAGUCUUCAGAUCCGCCACCACUUGCAUCGAAUAUCGGUGCCAUGCCGGAUAUGAUCCACGCGCAGAUGGGGGCACCCGUUCUUGACCACCAUCAUGCUGUCGUAUAUGACUCUAUCAGCUCUGUUGACGCCGCAGCCACGGCCACAGAAACUGUGCGAACCGAGUCAUACCAGGAACACCAUACACAGAGUGAACCUGACCCGUUCCUAUCACAGAUUGGGGGUCUUCUCCCGGCUGACUCCGACCAAUCUACUAUUGAUUCAGCAAUGGAGGGCUUCUUGGUGGAAUACUUGCAUGGUGACUGGGGCUGGGAUCCAUUCUCUAGCACUAGCAGCGUGGAAAUCCCAGACUACGUAUGA